AUGACACGUUUCGGUCAAUAUGAGAGAGGAAAAUCACUGGAUGGUCAUGUGAUUGCCAAGAUAAAGGUGCUAGAUGAAGACAUCUGUCAGUUGAAAUGUUACCAUAAUGAUGACUGUGUCUCUUACAACUUUGGACUGAGUGAAACUGGCUGCACUCUGUUUGACUUUGAGCACGGUUUAUCAGGCUGGAUCUUGACCGGCACGGCAUUCAACAACCAGCCAACAUAUGGGGACAACCCGACAGCACGAAAUAGAGGCCAACCGUCCAGACACAAGGGAGACUGGUGGAUAGGAGGCUAUGAAAAUCGGCCCAGUCCUUCUCAUCCUGCUGGUGAAACACAAGGUGAUGGACCUCAAGGAACACUGACGUCACCCAGUUUCGUUAUUAGAGGGCAUACCUUCAAGUUUUUGAUUGGAGGAGGCUGUGCAAUAGCUCGGGUGCGCGGUUUCUUUCAAGGCUGCACUCUGUUUGACUUUGAGCACGGUUUAUCAGGCUGGAUCUUGACCGGCACGGCAUUCAACAACCAGCCAACAUAUGGGGACAACCCGACAGCACGAAAUAGAGGCCAACCGUCCAGACACAAGGGAGACUGGUGGAUAGGAGGCUAUGAAAAUCGGCCCAGUCCUUCUCAUCCUGCUGGUGAAACACAAGGUGAUGGACCUCAAGGAACACUGACGUCACCCAGUUUCGUUAUUAGAGGGCAUACCUUCAAGUUUUUGAUUGGAGGAGGCUGUGCAAUAGCUCGGGUGCGCAGUGAGCUUUUAGUUGAAGGAAACGUGGUCCUACAGGAAACAGGAGGUUGCCAUGAAAGCAUGAUUGAGAGAAGUUGGGACGUAAGGGCAUACAAAAAUAAAGAAGCUCAGUUACGAUUGGUUGACGUUCAUUCUGGUGGCUGGGGACAUAUUAACUUUGAUCACCUUGAAGAAAUUUGUAACUAAACAUUUUCCACAAACAAACGUUGUAAACCAGAAAAUACCGUGGAUUAAUGUUUCGCGAUUGUUCAAAAGAUUUUAAAUAGCUCACGUUGUCAGAGAUAUUUUUCUCAACAACCAAUGUAGAUUUGGUCUAUGCUUGACUACAUGCAUCGAUGAACGCGGCAAGUUGGAAAGGCAAGAGAAAAGAGAAAGAUCAGAAUUCUAUUGACAACAAAUACUCACUUGAAUAAAUUUUCCAUGAUAGCAAACAGAACUUUUAUCUACAGAUAUUCAAACAGAUCAAUGAGUAGCCUUUUCAAUUUUUGUGAUGAUCUGUCCACUAUUUAUUUUUCGCUGGAUUUGCUUGGAGUUUUUCAGACAAAGCCGCUUAAUUGAACGGGACGGCUCCGUUUUCCUCCAAUUUUACCCCACAUAUACAGAGGCCCUUAACUCCAUUCCAGCCAAAAAAAAUCCACCAAUUUUUCAACUUUUAACCCGAAAUCUUUUAAUCGUAUACAUUAUUUAGUGGACAGAAAAAAAAUCCACGAAUAAACAAGCAUACUACAACUUCCAUCGUACCUGGUUUAUUCCAGCACUUCAAUCUUUUUGCAAUAGGUGGUGUAACAUUGUUAUUUGAUUAAGGAAAUACCCGUGAAAAGCUGAUUAAAAACGCUACUGAAGUAUAUGGACCAGAGAAAAAAAAAAAAAAAACCUGCAUGGCAAAGCCUUAAACGAAGCCUAAUUUUCGACCACAAUAUAUACAUAGUAAUGAAAGCUUAUAUUACUUGCUAGCCUGCUAGGCUCUACGCAUUCUCGGAGACCCAGGGGCAGCUAGUCGGGACGAUGCGAUAUUUUCGGUCGACGCAAUAGUUUUGGAUGGAAGU